CAAUUUUCUUAAAUAUGGCACAUCUAGCCAACUUUUUCUUUCGCUGGCUUUGCUCUUUAGCAAAACUACUACUACACUGGCUAGCAAUUAAUAGCUCCAAACAAUGGCCUCCAGUAGUUACUUGGUGUUGUUCUUCUUCUUGGUUCUAGCUGGGUUUGGUGCCUGCAUGGCUAACCAGAUUAGUUUGGGUUCGAGGUUGAUGGCUAAAGAGAACCAGACGGUGGUUUCUGAUAAUGGUACAUUUGCACUUGGGUUCAGUCCAAUGGAUGAAGAUAACAGAUAUCAACUGGCAAUUUGGUUUGCAGAGCUUCCUGGAGACAGAACCAUAGUAUGGUCUGCUAAUAGAAAUUCUGCUGUCACCAACAAUGCAAUCCUGGAGCUAGAGACCACCGGAAACCUUGUUCUCAUGGAUGGUGAUGCUACUAUUUGGACCUCCAACACUUCAGGCACCGGCGUUGAAUUUGCAUCCCUAUUAGAAUCUGGAAACUUCAUCUUAUACAAUGAAGCCAACCGCCCUAUGUGGCAGAGUUUCUCACAUCCAUCUGAUACUCUCCUCCCAAACCAGCCUCUUUCGGUCUCUUUAGAGCUCACAACAGCUAAGUCACCCUCUCAUGGUGGCUAUUAUGCUCUCAAAAUGCUUCAACAGCGCACUUCGUUAAGCCUUGCAUUGACUUAUAAUAUGCCAGAAAGUACUUACAAUACCUCACCAGAAUCUUACUAUAACAACUCUUACUGGACUGGACCGGAGAUAUCAAAUGUGACAGGAGAUGUCAUAGCGGUUUUGGAUGAAGCAGGAAGCUUUGGAAUUGUGUACGGUGAGUCUUCAGAUGGAGCUGUAUAUGUGUACAAGAAUGAUGGUGAUGAUGGAGGACUAUCAGCAGCCUCAAACAAAUCAAACAGGUUGUCAGUUCUUCGGAGAUUGACACUCGAAACUAAUGGAAAUUUGCGUUUGUAUCGUUGGGAUGAUGAUGUCAAUGGGUCAAGGCAAUGGGUGUCAGAGUGGGCUGCAGUUUCAACACCAUGUGACAUUUCUGGAAUUUGUGGUAAUGGGAUUUGUACUUUAGAUAGGACCAAGGCCAAUGCUUCUUGCUCAUGUCUGCCAGGGACUUAUAAGGUGAAUAGUGGAGGUCAGUGUUCAGAGAACUCAUCAUUGAUUGGAAGAUGUGAUUCGAAGCAGGAUUAUCAACCUUCACAGUUUAGAAUGUCCACGGUGCAGCAAACCAAUUACUAUUUGCCAAAAUUUUCAGUCAUAGCAAAUUAUAGUGACAUUGAAAAUGUAUCAAAAUGUGGAGAUGUUUGCUUAGCUGAUUGUGAAUGUGUUGCUUCAGUUUACGGGCUUGAUGAUGAAAAUGCUUACUGUUGGGUUUUGAGGAGCAUGGAGUUUGGUGGCUUUCAGGACCCUGGCUCAACCUUGUUUGUCAAAAUUAGGUCCAAUGGCUCGGUGGUACCAGAGGGAGAUACAAGAGGAUCCGGGGAUUCAUCAGAUGGGUCUAGUAGUAACAGAGAAAAGGUUUUGGUUAUACCUAUUGUUCUGAGCAUGACUGUUCUUAUAGCCCUCCUAUGUCUCUUACUAUAUUACAAUGUGCAUAAGAGGAGAUCCUUCAAGAGAGACAUGGAGAAGUCUUUAAUCUUGUCUGGUGCUCCAAUGAAUUUUAGUUACCGUGAUUUACAAGUUCGUACCUGGAAUUUUUCACAGCUGCUUGGAACUGGGGGCUUUGGGAGUGUGUACAAGGGAAGCCUUGCAGAUGGUACUUUGGUUGCAGUUAAAAAACUUGAAAGGGUUUUGCCCCAUGGGGAGAAGGAGUUUAUAACUGAAGUCAACACCAUUGGCUCUAUGCAUCACAUGAACUUGGUUCGGCUAUGUGGCUACUGCUCCGAAGCUUCACAACGGCUUUUGGUUUAUGAAUUCAUGAAAAAUGGGUCAUUGGACAAAUGGAUAUUUCCCUCAAAAUAUUCUGGACAUAGGUUGCUGGACUGGGAAACUCGCUUUAACAUAGCAGUGGGAACUGCACAAGGGAUUGCAUAUUUUCAUGAGCAAUGUCGAGAUCGAAUAAUACACUGUGACAUCAAGCCGGAAAAUAUUCUUAUAGAUGAAAAUUUCUGUCCUAAAGUGUCUGACUUUGGACUAGCUAAGAUGAUGGGAAGAGAGCACUCACAGGUUGUUACCAUGGUCAGAGGAACUAGAGGCUAUUUGGCUCCAGAGUGGGUGAGUAACCGGCCUAUAACUGUCAAGGCUGAUGUUUAUAGCUAUGGCAUGCUUCUCCUAGAGAUCGUUGGUGGUCGAAGAAACCUUGACAUGUCUUUUGAUGUUGAUGACUUCUUCUAUCCUGGAUGGGCUUUUAAGGAGAUGACAAGUGGAGAGCCACUGAAAGUUGCAGAUAGGAGACUAGAAGGAGCAGUGGAAGAAGAAGAACUCAUAAGAGCCUUGCAAACCGCAUUUUGGUGCAUACAAGAUGAGGUUUUCAUGAGACCUACAAUGGGGGAAGUGGUGAGGAUGCUGGAAGGAUCGGUCGAAAUCAACAUGCCACCAAUGCCCCAGACGGUUUUGGAGUUAAUUGAUGAAGGCUUAGAUCAUGUGUACAGAGCCAUGAGGAGAGAGUUCAACAACCACUUCAGCUCAUUCACCAUCAACACCCACCAUUCAUCUCAAGCUACAUGCAGUUAUUCCACAGUGUCCCCUAGAUAGUCAAAACAGAUGUACAUCUUCCACAAACAGAGCUCAUCAAAGUUCAUUCUUUAUAUAUAUAUAUAUAACAUUCAUAUAGUGCAUAUAGGAUUUUUAAUUACAUACACAAGGAUCGUUUUCAAUUUACAUUCUAGAGUCUAGACAUGAUUCUUGAUGGAGGAGCUGUAUCCAUCAAGAUCAUCAUAAUACUUGGACCAAAGCAUGACACCACCAUAUUUAGCCGAAUUUUUUAUACCCGGAAGGACUUUUGAAGUGAGAGCAGCAGCAGGAAUGAAUCCGCUACCAGCAGCUUGAGGUGCAGCAGGGAGUCCUAAAAAGAUCUUUUGUGCAGGAAUGGCUGAAGUCCAUUGCUUCCAAGCGUUUUCGAGAUUGGUGACAUCGCCAGAAGUGUACUGACAAGGAGGGUUGUUGUAAAAUUGAACCCAAACAUAGUCAAAUAGGCCUGUCUCAAGUGCAUUUCCAACAUAAGCAUCAGGAAAGGGACACUGUGGAGCGGCAGUCAAGUAAACUUUCUUGCUGCCCUUCUUGCUCUGCGCCGAAAGGUAUCUAGCAAGGUCAUCAUAGUACUGGUCAUUCCCUCCUUCAAUGUCGAAGUCAACUCCAUCCAAAACAGCAUCUCCCAACGGCCUUGAAGAGGAGUGUCCUCCCAAGAAGUUGUUCCACAAGUAAGCACCAAAUUGGCGGGCAUCACUGGAUGAAGCUAGAGAGUAGCCUCCAGCACCACCUCCAAUAGAUAGUAUGACCUUGAUGCCUUUGGCUUGGCACGACUUUAUUUGCGAGCUGAACUUGGUGCAUCCAUUGCUGUACGGGUCACAGUGACCCGCAAGGUUGAUGGUAGGGAUUCGGCCAUUGCCAAAUGAUGAAAGGAAAGCUAUGUUUACAAACUUGUA